AUGGGGACUUGUAUCAGUAAAAUAUGGUUGAAUAAACCUCUUCCUAAACCCGAAGAAAUUAUGUCAACGCCUAAUAAUUCAACAAACUCUUAUGAUCAUUUUCGUUUUUCUGAGGGUAGAAGAUAUCAUAACGUAGGAAAUGCUGUAUAUUUCUUACCUAACGAUGACGAUGAAUGCGAUAGAUUGCAUUUACAGCAUAUUAUGGAAAGAUUUAUUUGGCAAAGUAACUUUUUUUCUCCAGUUGAAGAUCUCCUUAACCAAGAUGGAACAAUGGUUCUCGAUUCGGGAACAGGUGCUGGUUCUUGGCCGCUCGAAAUGGCAGUUAACUAUCCAAAAUCUAAAUUUAUCGGAAUUGAUAUUUCUCCAGUUCAGUCUAAAGAAAAUAAGCCUCCUAAUGUUGAAUUUAUUAAGGCAAACGUAUUAGAACGUUUACCUUUUGAUGAUAAUACUUUUGAUUUUAUAUUUCAGCGAUUUUUGACCGCCGGAAUUCCCACAGAUAAAUGGCCAUCAGUAAUUAAUGAACUGGUUCGCAUAUUAAAGCCCGGUGGUUACUUGGAGUUAGCAGAAAAUGACAUUCAUUAUAUCUCUAUGGGUCCUGCUUCAGAAAAACUUAUUGAAGGCUUAUCAAUUCUACUUCAUGAACGUGGCUUAGAUCCAACUGCAUGUUAUAAAAUACAAAAAUAUUUGGAAGAAAAUGACCAACUUCAUAAUGUUAAUUGCGAAGAAAAGAAAUGUGUAGAUGAUCAAGAUGCCAUCAGAGUGUACAAAUUGCUCGGUGAAGAUUAUUCUACUGCUAUGGCAAAUAUGAAACCUGUGCUAAUACAUAUAGUUAACGUUUCUAAUGAUGAAUAUGACCGUUUAGUUAAAGAGUUUGAAAAAGAAACAAUAGAAUUAGAAUCCUUUACUCCGCACAUACGUGCUUAUGCUCAAAAAAAAUUUUGA